UUACGCAUUCGCAAGAAGAGUGUGUUGGAGUUGUUUUUGUUUUCGUACACUGAUUCCUAAGAUACUGAUUCAUAAGUUUAAACGGUAAAGUAAAAUGUUUCAUUGAAAUACGGAGAACUGAUGUUAUUGUAAGGCUUGUAAUGGGUCCCUCAAGCAACGUUUCUGCAGCUCGUGAAAAAUAUUAUUCACAGUUAUUUUUAAUAUAUUACCGGAUAUACCACUGUUGGCCUAAGGCUAUACGAUAUUCAAUCGGUCGGAAGAUAAGGAAAUAUUCAUGUUUCAACGAUGUGCUUCUGAAAAUAUACCGCGAACAAAGUUGUUCUGUAUACCUCUUCGAGAUUGAAAACCUUCGGUACCGAAGAGAGAACGGCCCUGACUAUGGAUCAUUGGGAGAAGCGCCGCCAACGAUUGCGUACAACCUUCAGAACUAUUUCAAAACAUAUCUGCGGAUGAGAGCAGAUUCCAGCUUCUCGGAUUGCAAGUUUGUUGUCUUGGUCAAUAGUGAGUAUGACGUUGAUCGGUUUGAGCAUAAUCCUAAUUAUGACAUUGUUCAAUGCUCGGAUUCGGACUUCGAUGAGACAGAUGUUAUAAAAUAUCGGAUCGUUUAUAAUUCAAACAUCGCAAAGGAGAUACUGAAACAUGCCCACCCUCUGUGGGGAUUUGCAAGGAGAAUCUCGCGAAUGUUAUUUAAAAACAUAAAAAUCGGUUCGAAAACAUUCCCACACCAAUUUUACGACGUUCUGCUAAGAGAUGUGUUUGAGAACGAGUCGUUUCGAGAAUGUUUCCUCCAAGACAGCCCAACGCUGGGUAGCGAAGCAAAGGUUUUCAGAGAAUAUUUAGAGGAAAUAUUACAGCAUAAGUUUCGUCGAAGAAACUUGGAUGGUUUUGCAUUAUCUCGAAUAAACCAGGAACAAUUCGCCAAACACAUCAAUAUUCGCCUAAGUCACACGACUAAUGAUGAUCGCUACGAAGAUCCCCAGUGGGAUGUUGAUUGCCCCGCAACUAAUGUGGAAGUUGAGCAAUUCCUCGUGGCGCUCGUUUUUCACGUUCCUACUCAAGCAACAAUCGAUAAAAUAUCUCGCUAUGAACUGAGCAGAUUCUACAAGAGAGGUAUUUGGCUUCACAGCUCAGAAAUAAAUCUUAUAUUUAAAAUGAUCGAGUUGAAACGGUGGAGGGAGGAUCGCUCGAGGCAAGAUAUACGUUUCAAAUGGAAACAAAUGGAUGUACUGGGAUCAACAUUGAGAAAUUUCUGUUCUCAGACUACAAUCAGUACUUUGCUUGUUGAAGCUUGUGCAGACCUGAACGUUACAGUUGAUCGUAUACAAGAUUUGCUGAAUGAAUGUAAACUCUCUACCAAUAUCAUGAUACUGAACGAUGAACAAUAUAGAAAAAAUAUGAAACGAUUGUCACAAAUACUUCACAUCCUUGGUCCAAAGAUGGAGGAGGAAUUGAUUUUGAUUGUUGCUGUUGAAUCGCCAAAAAAGGACUAUAUUCGUGCACAGCAGUUGACCGCAAUGAGAUGUCCGACUAUAUUCGUGGUGCCAAAAAUAUGUUCCAACAUAGCCGUUGAAUCUAUGGAUUAUCACGACCAAUUUAGUUUCAAUGAUCUUGCGAACUGUACCAUGCAUCGAAUGCUAUCAAAAGUUGUUCUCCUUCAAGGGCGACAAAUUCAUAUCAAGGACUUAUUGGAUAAGGAUUUAUUUUCAAGAGUUUCAUCGUCAGCGCUUCUAGAUUGGAACAACAGCGAACGAAUAAUAAUAGCAACAGAACAAUACCCUGAGCUUUUGGAAAACUUUAUCAAACGUGAUAUUCGCGAUGAGUUUGGGAAUUCAGUCAAUUUAUUUGAGAAACAUCUAGCAAAAGUUGUGGUCCUUUGUGGUCCACCUGGAAUGGGAAAAACAGCCAUACUAUCAGAAUGGUGUAAAUAUUUAUUCGAAGCUCAGAGCGAUUGUUUAAUAAUAUCAAAGGACGCAAAAGCAGUAAUUGAGUUGUUCUGCGAAGCUGAACAUGAUUUCGAAAAUGUGCUAAAAUUACUUGGAAUCAAGCAGCUGGAUGGUAUCCAGAGAUUUAUUGUAGAAGAGUUGAUCAAAGAGGGUCGAGUGUGCCUUUUUUUAGAUGGGUUUGAUGAAAUCAGUGACUCAUGCCAACAACAUUGUAAUUCUUUGCUAAGAUUCGUGAAUAACGCUGAUUUUCGUUUAAUUGUUAUCACGACGCGACUAGAGCGGUUGAGGUACUUGAAACAUCAUUUGAACGAGCCAAUGAUCUGCUAUGUGCAGCCGAUCUCUGAGGAAGAUCAAUCCAAACUACUCAGGAAUAAUUCUAGAAAAUGUUGUUCCAAUGAAGACCAAAUCACUGACUUGCUUUACACGUUCAAACGAAUGUUCGAUAAGGAUGAAGGUACGGGAACAUUACUAGGAGUUCCUCUCCAAACAGCUAUUGUAGCGUCUAUCAUUGACGAAUGCCGGACGUUAACCAAUCAUCCAAACAUUGCUGAAUUGGUACAAUUAUUCAUCAACAAAACAUUCGACAUAUACGUUCGUAAAUAUUUCGAUCCGACCAACAGAGCCCAUGAGAUCGCUUCGAAGAUUCUUAGAGCAACCUUUGAAACGAAACACGCCGAAGUGGCAUUCAUCAUUGAAAUCAAUCGUAAGGUUGCCCCGAAUCAGCUUGAAGACCUUCAGCAAUUCGGGCUCCUUCGCCUAGAAAGCGAUCGGAUAAUAUUCUCUAAUUCAGCCCUCUCGGAAUAUUUCCUCGUCCAAUAUUUGCUGAUGCAUUUCGUAGAACAACAUUAUUUUAACCACAUCCUUGCCAAUCGGCUCAGCAAAUCGAACACUAACUGGUUCGAUGCCUUCCUGGAUCAUUGCAUCAAACAAACUGAUCCACUUCGGAAGCUUAUUGGAUACACAUCCCUACAUCAGUCAGACUUCAGCGAAUUCAGGAACACCAAAGAUAGCCGAAUUCACUUAGACAAAACUAAACAAUUUCACUUGUACCUAAAAACAAAUUGUACCGACCAACAAGUAUACCACUAUCUCCGAGAUGCUACCAACCGGGCCGCAUUCAACGUUUUUGAGGUCCUCUUCGACAGUUUGCCCAUCGCCCUCGCACAGAGACUGCGAUUCAAAUUCAUUUCGUGUGAUCAUGACCCAGCCAUGAUCGAUCUAUCAACGAUCAGCGACGAGAAUUGUUUGGUUCAAAUACUUUCUAUUUUCGGCAGGAAGCAGUCCGCAAAGCCACUGCAAAUGUUAAUAACCAAUCCCACCCUGAACGAACCCGACUUUGUUGAGAACGCUGUCGUGAAGAACUACGUUCGAGUUAUCGAUCAGCUGUUUGAUUUUGAAAGAAGCAUAACCGAUCAGGAAGCAAGGAAUCAUUUGCAUAAAUAUUAUGACAGCAGAUGGCGACAGUAUUUUCGAUUGAUUGUUCUUCGAGGAAAAAGCGACAUUGUGCAACACAUGACCCAGGGUUUGGAGAAAAGAUUUGAUCAGAAACUGAUUCGACGCUUUCUGAUGACAGAAAAUGUUUUACGCGAACUAAUCCUCGUGAGCGUGGAUGCGGAAAGCUCGGCAGCAGAAGUAAUUCGACGGUUGAUUGAUAUCUUCAAACAGUAUUUGAACGAUAAUGAUAUAAAUAUUUUGACGAAAAGAAUACACAACGGUCAAAACUAUUCGGAAUUGAACAAGUGCGUAAAAAACAAACAAAUUCAGGAGUUGAUUUUUGCAUUCACGAAUCUCAGUAACAAUUACCAAAAGUAGUAUUAUAGUGUUUAUAACUUAUUCUAAAAUUUUUAAGAAAAAUAUAGGAAAAUAUAUUUUUUUUGUUUGCGAUAUCGGAUUUUAUU